CUCGAAGUUUACAUCAAGCUGGAUUGACUAAAGUUUUUUACAUUUAUUGUUUUUACUAUUAACAAGUAUAGUAAGAAUGUCUGAAUACGAGGUAGUGCGUACUAAAAAAUUAGUAUUGAAAGGAGAAAAACAAAAAUCUAAGAAAAGGAAGCACAAGAAACAAGGACGAAAUGAAGAAUCUAAUAAUUCUAGAGACGAAGAUACUCUGCAUCAUGGCGGUUGGAGAAAAGCAUCAAGCGUACCAGAAAUUACAGGCACAAUAGCUAUUGAAAUAGGAAAUCUCACUUAUAUGAAAGCUCUUGAUAACGGUUUGUUUACCCUGGGAGCACCACAUGAUGAAGGCGACCCUCCUCAUCCAGAAGAGAUCUUUACAGCAUUUUCAAUCAACGAAACAAAAAUUUCACUAAAGUCUGGUUAUGGAAAGUAUAUUGGAGUUGAAAAGAAAGGAAUUGUUGUGGGUCGAAGCGAUGCUGUUGGGCAAAAUGAACAGUGGGAGCCCAUAUUCCAGGAUGGAAAAAUGGCAAUUUUAGGAAACAAUAAUUGUUUCCUCUCUGUUGCUGAAGAUGAUGAUAUAGUUUGUAAUAAAAGCACAGCAGGACCCAGUGAGUAUGUAUGGGUAAGAACCAUGGCUCAGCAAAUUGAAGAUCCAACCAAAGAUGGUCCUAAAGAAGAACAGGGUUCUUUAGAAGAAGUUGAAGUAAAUUAUGUGAGAAAAUUCCAAAAAUUUCAAGAUAAAAAAUUAAGGAUCAACAAGGAUAAUAUGGUAGAAUUGAAGAAAGCGAAAGAAACUGGUAGUUUGCAUGAAACUCUACUUGAUAGACGUAGUAAAAUGAAAGCUGAUCGAUAUUGUAAAUAGUUUUUACUAUAAC